ACCGAACUGUGGCUCACUAGUUCAGCACAUCAGCAGCAGCAGCAGCAGUACCCUGUGUACGUGGUGUGUGCGUGUGUGUGUGUACAUAUAAAAAGUUUGUAUAUAGUAUAUUUGCAUUCGCACACGUUACCGUUAACACAUUAAGCAAUGGCGCGCAAUGCAGGCGGAGGAGGCAACAGCGGCGCCAACAAUAAUACAUCCAAGGCACACAGCAGCAAUAAUUCCUCAUCACAACCGGCAGCAGCGACAGCUUCGGCAGCUGCAGCAGCAGCCGCCGCGGCCAAUGCCAAGCACAAGCAGCGCAGCAGCAGCGCCAACAGCAACAGCGGCGGCAGCGAUAAUCGCAAUAGCAGCUUGGGCGGCAAUCUCUCAUCCAAACUAAUGCUGGACAAGUGGAAGACUUUGAUCGGAUGCGUGUGCUUGGCCAUCGCUAGCUACUUUGGCUAUUUGGGCUAUCUGGAGACACGCGUUAAUACGCCAUACGACAACCAAAAGAUGGCGCUGCACACCGAUCAUCGCGAUGAUCCCGAACGCUAUUGGGGCACCUAUCGCCCCCAAACGUAUUUCGGUUUGAAGACACGCGAUCCCCACUCCCUGGUCAUGGGUCUCAUGUGGUAUACGCCCAGUAAUCUGGGACCCGGCGGUCAAGGCAUACGCCAUUGGUGCGAUAUGGGUGACAAGCUGGAUGGCUUUGGUUGGACUCAUCACGAUGGACGCAGCUUUGGCGUGCAGCAGAUCGAUGAUCUGCCCUUCGAGCUGAAGACCUCGUUCGUCAAGUAUCCCAGCGGCAAGGAGUAUGGCGGCGAUUGGACCGCCCGCAUCUCGGUGCGCAACACAUCGCGUGCUUGGGAUCGAAGCAUCUCGCUGAUCUGGUAUGUGGCGCUAGAUGAACGCACCAACGGACACAUUAAGUACGUCUCGGAUGAGAAGAGCCCCGAGCCGGGUGUCUAUGGCGAGACGCAGGGAUUGGGCGAGUUCCAGGUGCGUUUUAGCGCCGUCAAGGGACGCAUCCUGCACAAAUCCUAUUUGAGCACGGUGGCACCAUCGCUGGGCAAGCUCAAGGAGACGGUGUUCUCGCAUUUCCGUGCCUUUGCCAACAAGCGGGGCAAUCGCUUCAUUGGCCUGCCCGGUGAGAUUGUCUCGCAGAAUGGUUUGCCAGCCGCCAAUCCCGAACCGAAUUUCAUUGCCAUUCAACUGACGGCAGAGGUGGAUUUUACGUUGGACAUAACGUAUCAAUCGACAUCGGGAUUCGCGCUCGGAGAGAGCAUCACAAGGCCGCCCACGGGACGCGCUUAUACCGACUCGCUGCAGGCGAAGAUCGCACAGUUUGAGCAACGCUUCGAGGACACCUUUAAGCUGGCCGCCAAAGGUUAUGGCGCCGAGGAGAUACAAUUUGCUCGCAACGCCUUUAGCAAUAUGUUGGGCGGCAUUGGAUACUUCUAUGGCGCCAGUCGGGUGCAAUCGGUGCACACCCAGAAUCCGGUGCCAUAUUGGAAGGCUCCACUUUAUACGGCGGUGCCGUCGCGCAGCUUCUUUCCACGCGGUUUCCUCUGGGACGAGGGCUUCCAUGGGCUGUUGAUUAGCGCCUGGGAUGUGGACAUUGAGCUGGACAUCAUUUGCCAUUGGUUUGAUCUCUUGAACGUCGAGGGUUGGAUACCCCGGGAGCAGAUUCUGGGCAUUGAGGCGAUGGCCAAGGUGCCCGAAGAGUUUGUCACGCAACGCAACAGCAAUGCGAAUCCUCCCACGUUCUUUUUAACACUCCGCAAGCUGCUCACCCAGCACAAACAGCAGUUGUCGCAAAAGGGUCGAUUUGCUACACUGGAGCGUCUUUAUCCCCGACUGCAGGCCUGGUUCACCUGGUACAACACCACGCAGCGAGGCGAAGUCUUGGGCACCUAUUUGUGGCGUGGACGCAACUCGAGUACGCUGCGCGAACUGAAUCCCAAGAGUUUGUCCUCCGGUCUCGACGACUAUCCGCGCGCCUCGCAUCCCACGGAUCUGGAGCGUCACGUGGAUUUGCGCUGUUGGAUUGCGCUCGCCGCUAGCGUGAUGGCUGAGCUAUCCACGCUGUUGGGCAAGGAUGAUGUCAAGUACUAUGAGACCGCAUCGUAUUUGACGGACAAUGAGCUGAUGAAUAAGCUGCACUUGGAUCCGUUCACAGAGCACUACACCGACUGGGGACUGCACACGGAUGCUGUGGCACUGAAGCAUCCGCCGCCAAUGACACCGCAACGCAAGGGUGGUCAACGGAUUCAACAGCCGCCGGCGGAGAUGCAACGCUACACACUGAAGCCACCGGACUACAAGUUUGUGAACACAAUGUUCGGUUAUGUGAGUCUGUUUCCGUUGCUGCUGGAGCAGCUGGAACACGAUUCACCAUAUCUGGGCAAGUUGUUGCAAGAUCUGCGUGAUCCACAGCUGCUGUGGACGAACUAUGGCUUGCGUUCGCUGUCCAAGGAUUCGCCGCUGUACAUGAAACGCAAUACGGAACACGAUCCACCAUAUUGGCGUGGUCCCAUCUGGAUCAAUAUCAACUAUUUGGCCGCCAAGGCGCUGAGACACUAUGGCAAAAUCGAGGGUCCGUAUGCGGCGAGUGCACGCAAAAUCUAUGGCGAGUUGCGUGAGAAUCUCGUGAGGAACAUCUUCAAGCAGUAUCAACGGACGGGUUACCUUUGGGAGCAGUACGACGAUACCACGGGCGAGGGCAAGGGAUGCAAUCCAUUUACCGGCUGGAGUGCACUCGUUGUUCUCCUCAUGGCCGAACAGUUCUAGACAAGAAAAACCAGAUGCGAGAUCUCGCCUUGCUGUGAGUAGUUCCUCCUGUGAUAGCCUCACGCAAAAAAAAAGAAAAAAGAAAAACCUAAAAAGAAAAAGCAAACUAAACAAAAGCAAAUAUAUAAAAGUAGAAAUCACUUGAGAACCUUAUUCUAUUCCGUAUGUACUGCGAUUUUUGUUGUCGGUUUUUAUCUUUCCAAAGAACUAAUUGCAUUAUAAAAACUAAAUAUAUCUAUGUUAAAAACGUAGUCUGUGUAUGCGUGCGUGCGUGUGUGUGUGUGUAUGAAUGAUGAUGAUAAUGCUGUUGUUGUUCAUCUCCUGCUGCUCCUCCUGUAAUAAGCUGUACAAAUUUCCAGAAAUCCGACUAACUAAAUUAGCGUUAAUAGACGAAUUUAAGAAUUUAAAUAAAAACCAAAAAUAAAAAACCAAAACGUGUAAA